UAAAAGCGCGUGGUUUGUGCAAAAACCUGAGGGGAAUACGGGGGUUAGGGUGGUGCGCUCUGGAUUCCGAUCGAGCAAAAUUUCCCGCCUUCCAUCGUCACGUUACCUUACAACAGAUCAAUUUAAGUUAUCGUCACUAUCCGAUUCCAGUUCCAGUCACCAGAGAUUUCUCGAAAUCCGCUCUCGCAUUUCGGCCAUCCGUGGCCGGUCGUGAUUUCUCUGAAGUCUUGAACUUCAUUUUCCAGCAUUCUUUUUUGGGUUUCCUUUUCUUUCAGUCAUGGAUUCCUCCAAGGAAGAAGAUGCUCCCGUUUUUCUUGAUCGUUCUUCUCGGUUGACUAGAGGGAAGAGGAUGACCAAGUUGCUUGAUGAGGAAGUUGAAGAAGACGAGUUGUUUUGGAAUCAGGAUGCUCUCAAAGAGGAUGAGGUUGAUGACGAAUAUGAAGAAGAACCUGAGGUUGCUGAUGAAUUUGAUAGUGAUUUCAAUGAAGAUGAGUCUGAACCAGAGGAAGAAGCUGAGAAUGAAGCAGAUGAGAGAACACAAACGAAGAAGCGAUUAAUAUUUCCUGGAAAGACUUCUUCUAAGAACAAGAAUAAAAAGAGAGUUGUUUCCAAAGUUGAGAAACCUUCCAAAGAUGAAGCAUCAACUGAUCACUCUACACCUCCUGAACAUCAUGAUACACCGGAUGAUACUGAAGUGGAGAGAACGGUGAGGAAAUCCACUAGAACAUCAGUUAUUGUUAGGCAAGCUGAGAGGGAUGCUAUUCGUGCAGCUUUGCAAGCCACAAUGAAGCCAAUCAAGAGGAAAAAUCCAGGUGAGGAGAAGAAGAUGAGUCAGGAAGAAAUGCUUCUUGAAGCUGCUCAAACAGAAAUCAUGAACUUGAGGAAUUUGGAGCGUGUUUUGGCAAGGGAAGAAGAAGUAAAAAAGAGAGCAAUUGUGCAUAAAGCUGUGUACAAUGGUCCACGGAUACGAUACUUGUCAAGAAAUGGUUGUUCAUAUCUAGAGUUUAGUAAAGGGUCAUCAUUUCAGGCAGAGCUUUCAACCACAUCAGUUCCAUAUCCAGAGAAAGCUGUAUGUGUGAUUACAGGUUUGCCUGCAAGGUAUCGUGACCCAAAAACAGGGUUGCCUUAUGCAACUAAAGAAGCUUUCAAGACAAUCCGUGAACGUUUUGCGGAUGAUAGUAUGGUAGCCAAGGAAAUGGACAUGGGAUAUUUAUUUGCUUCACUUUCUGGUAAUGGGUUCUCAGCAAGGCGGAAGAGAUCAACACCUCAAAAUAAAAAAGAAAUGUCCUACUUGCGCCACUUUUCUCGUUUUCGCCAAAUUCCAGCAUUUGAUUCUGAUCUUUCUGAUUAGUUUUUCAAGGUGCUAUAAUAAAUUCCUGUACAUCUGAACUUUUGAAUGCAUAUUCUGCCAUUCCAUGUUCAUGAACUGUUAUUAUUAUCUUUUGAAGAACCACAGUUGUUUGGGAUGGUACGAGAAGGGAGAGGAUACAGUAACUUGAAGACAUUGGCUUUGGUUACCUUAGAAACUGGAAUAUAGAACCGAAUUUUCUUACCCCAUAGGUUUCAUGUCAAGAGAAUUUCAGAACCUAAUGCCUCAGUUUUUAGGGGUCUUUUUGGGGGGUGCGGUUUGUGGUAUUAGCAGUUCUUACAACAAUUCACCUUCUCUCUUCGUCUAAUUUAGUUGUCGACCCAUGUUCUGCUAGUGCUACCAUUGCUAGACAGGUUCCUAUUUUACAUACUCUGCCAUAUCUUGGACGAUAUGUUAUUGGCAGAGUUUCAGAUAUGUUCUUGAGUCGUAAUUUCGAGUCAAAUUGUCAGAAACAUUCUUGAGGAGUGACAUUGUCAAAGAUUGUUCUUAUAAUACUGUAUUUGGGUUUUGUUUGGAUUAUGUAUUCGAUUCUCUGUAA